AUGAGGCACCCAUCACCUAUUUCCAGUCCAGAAAAGAAUUGGUUAUACUUUAAGUCUUCUUUUAAGUUUUAUAAAAUUGAUAGUGAAGAAAGAGAUCUCGUGAAUAUUUUUGCUAGUCUCAGUCUGAAGCCUUCGAAUCUUCCUGCUCGAGAUGCUCCUUGGAAGGGAGGCUUCAUCCUUGAUGCAGCCACACCUGGAGAAUUCAUUGGAGUGCAGUUGUGCUUGAGUCUGACUCAGGGACCGCGAUACACCUGCUUAACUAAAAUGUGGGGAUGCCAAGAGUAUAUAAACAAAAACUGGGCUUGUUCUAUUCAUCAUGUGUAUCGGGAGUUCAACUUGGUAGCGGAUAAACUAGUUGAAUUGGGUUCAUGUCUUGAGUUGGGCUUCUCAAACUUCCAUGACCCUCCUGACAAAAUAGCUCUAGUCCAAUGGACUGAAGGGAGUAUAGCCGAACGGCUAUACUCGCCAAAUAUAUUAGAAUAUUUUAAACGUAUAGCCGGUCGGCUAUACUUUGUAAAUACAUUCGAAUAUUUUAAAAGUUAUAGCCGUCUGGCUAUACUGUUUAAAUAUAUACAAAACCAACACGAAGCUUGCACUCGCAGAGGACGGUGGUUGCAGUUGAAGUUUCGCUUCUCUAUCAACUCAAGCUUUGAUUUGUUUUCUUCGGUUUCGGCUGCUUCUUCCUUCGGGUUCGGCACCGAAAAAAGACCCAACCCGCCUAGGAGUCCCGCCCAGCCGCCUAGCGCCCGCCUAGCCGCAGAGGACGGAGGUUGCAGUCGAAGUUUCGCUUCUCUAUCAACUCAAGCUUCGAUUUGGUUUCUUCGGUUUCGGCUGCUUUGUACUCCGGGUUCGGCACCGAAAAAAGACCCAACCCGCCUAGGAGGCCCGCCCAGCCGCCUAGCGCCCGCCUAG